AUGUCAUGGACGGGUCCCGGGAGGAGCUAUCGGCCCCAAGCCGCCCGCCUCUGCUCCGCACGACCACUCUCAAUCGGGACCAGCAGGCGUUCGGCGGAGACGCAUCACCAUUCACCACCCAUCCAUCACACUCAUCGAUGUGUUGGUGCAACCCUCUUGACGUAG